GAGGAUGUGGCCUUUAAUCCGACGGUAAUUCCGUUAACUUGCCCGGCCUCCUGAAGACGCGGGCCGCUGGCGGGGGGAAGGAGCCAGACUUUUGCUUGAACAAAUCCUCGUCUGCCGAGGGAGUGACGAACAUGAGUGGCGGUCGGCACGUCGAGGCGGAGGAUCUGGCCGAGGGUGAGGCCUCCUGGUGGCUGCAGACGACCGACUACCCGUGGGACAACGCCUCGUGCGACGCCGUCACGUGCGGCAACGCGUCGACCCUCGUGAACGCCACGCAGCGGGUGCCGGCGCCGCAGCUGCACGCUAUAGACCGCAUCCAGUUCUGGGUGACGCCGGCGCUGGUGGUAUUCGGGUGCCUGGGCAACGUGGUGAGCGUGUGGGUGUUCCACUCGACCAAGCUGCGCACGCUGAGCUCGUCGUGCUACCUGGCCGCCCUCGCCGCCUCCGACACGGCCUUCCUGCUCACGCUGUUCCUGGUGUGGCUGUCCAUGGUGGGCUACGACCUGCUCAACCAGCCCGGGUGGUGCCAGGCCAUCAACUACGCCAUCUACGUCAGCACCUUCCUCAGCGUGUGGCUCGUCGUCGCCUUCACCGUCGAGAGGUUCAUCGCCGUGUGCUACCCGCUGCUGCGGGCGGCGGUGUGCACGGUGCGCCGCGCCCGCCUCGUCAUCCUGGUGCUGACGGCGGCCGCCCUGCUGCUCUACUCGUACCUGCUGGUGGCGGCGGCGCCCGGCGUGCACCCCGUGGCGCGCCGCACCAUCUGCAAGCUGCGCGACGAGUACGUGGCGCUGGCCACCGCCAUGAACUACGUGGACACGGUGCUCACGCUGCUGCUGCCCGUCGCCACCGUGGUCACGCUCAACGUGCGCAUCGCGCGCUGUGUGUGGCACGUCGAGCGCCUCAGGCACUCCAUGACGCUGGCGCACGCCCCGCACGCGCCCGCCGCCAACCUGUGCCCCGGCGGGCGGGAAGCGACCGCCCAUGACGGCUGCAAGGCGGGCGGGGCGGGCAGCGGCGUGGUGGUGGUGGCCGGUGGGCGGGGCAGCCAGCCGGCCAGGGUCAGGUCGCAGAACAAGGUCACCAAGAUGCUGCUCAUCAUCUCCACCGUGUUCAUCCUCCUGAACCUGCCCUCGUACGUCAUGCGCGCCUACAUCUUCUUCUGGGUGAGUCUCCAGGGGACACGAGGGCCAAACAAAGAGAGAGAGAGAAAGAAAGGAAGAGACAACAACGAAAACCUAUGCGAACCAAUAACGUCCAUAAAUUUGUCGAAAGUUGUGGCACUUCUUCCAGGCUCUUCGACGUUCCUUGAAUCAGUCUCUGGCCAUUUUCUGGUGACCACGCCGAAGUCUCAGGAGAUGACAUGUUGCGGCGACACGUGCGACGAGAGCGUCGUUUUCUACACGCUGCAGCAGACCUUCACCUUGCUCUUCUACACCAACUUCGCCAUCAACUUCCUGCUGUACUGCGUCACGGGCCAGAACUUCCGCCGUGCCGUAGCGGGGCUUUGCGUGGUGGCCCGUCGCCGCCGCCGUCGCCGCAGGCACUUGCCGCAGCCGCCGCACCGCUCGCCUGCGUCCACCCGCAUCCAGGGAUCCACCCUCGAUCGGGCGCAUUCCGGUAGGUGGCACUUGAAGUAGCCUCUGAGUUGGCUUCCUACGGUUACCCUUUUCAUGGCACUGCCGUGUCCUGUUGCUGAAUUUACCACUUUCGCUGUUAUGUGUCAUUUCAUGUAUUCACUGUAUUUUAUAAUUUAUUCUUACUGUAUGGUAACAUUUAGUGUAAUUAAUGUAUCUUAUUAUGCAAUGCAUCAACUGUAUUGCAUCAUUAUGUAUUAUGCCAUCUUAUAAAUAUCCUACAUUAUGUCAUGUAAAUCAUUCACUACAUCAAAUCAUUGACUUUAUUCAAAGUAUCGCAAAAUUGACCGCCUGUCACGCAGGUCCACCACCCUAUUACAAGUAACAACAAAAGUAAUACCAGGUGUCAUUCCCGUUCGCUCUCCCCAGGAAAGAGUUAGGUGCACGAGCCAUUCGUUAGGUUAGAAGUGAGAGUAAUGCAAUCGCACCGCUCUCAUCACUGCAUUCGGACACCGGCCCCUAAACGAACACCGUCCCUUAAAACGCUUCCCAGGGAAUGAAAACAAGUGCAUGCGUUAUCUCGCGAGGGGAGGGCGAACAAUAGCGAACAAUGGCUACGGUUUUGGUUUAUAGUUUGCGUAAUUUAAGUUUGGGUUGUCGAAUGAGCAAAUAUACUAUACAUCAAAGGGUGGUGUUUCGAAGCGAAGUGAAGCAUCGAAUCCCUGUUCGAGAUUUGCGUUCGAGUCUUUGUUUUAAGUUUCGCUGGGUUUCGGGGUGUGGAAAGAUGGUUAGCAUUAAAAAAAUAAAUAAAUAAAUAUCAGAUACACAGGUAACACAGAUAGACAGAUAAAUACAGAAUAAAAAUAUACAUAUGGGGAAAAUACAAAAUGAUUUAAGUUUUCUAAUUUACGA